CGAAAUAUUUUUCACUCCAUAUAUUCUUCAACACAGCAUCAAAUUUGUUAAAAUUUUUAAUUGAAAAUGCCUUCCGAUGCCAAGAAACGCGAUGCGCAGCGCAAAAAGGACGCGCGUAACAAGAAAAUCCAGCAAGUCUCAUCGUCCAAGAAGCCAACACAAAACGGCACCAAUGGCACACCCGAGCGUGAAUUGACGGAGGAGGAAAAGCUGUGCGCCAAGUUAGAGGAAGAGGCACGUAUUAGCGCCGAAGCACGCUCUUGUACCGGCUCACUAGCCGUACAUCCUCGUUCACGUGAUGUGAAAAUUGCCAAUUUUUCAAUCACAUUCUUCGGCUCCGAGCUGUUGCAAGACACAAUGCUCGAGUUGAAUUGCGGGCGUCGUUAUGGUGUCAUUGGCUUGAACGGCUGUGGCAAGUCAUCAUUGUUGGCAGUGUUAGGUAAACGUGAAGUGCCAAUACCCGACCACAUUGAUAUUUUCCAUUUGACGCGCGAAAUACCGGCGUCUACUAAAACUGCGCUUAAGUGCGUCAUGGAAGUCGAUGAGGAGCGUAUAAAAUUGGAAAAAUUAGCCGAAGAGUUGGCAAUGAGUGAAGAGGAUGAUGCCCAGGAGCAAUUGAUUGAUAUCUACGAGCGACUGGACGACAUGUCAGCCGAUCAGGCUGAGGCAAAGGCUGCACGCAUUCUGCAUGGUCUCGGUUUCGACAAAGACAUGCAACAGAAACAGGCCCAGGACUUUUCUGGUGGUUGGCGCAUGCGUAUCGCGCUUGCCCGUGCACUUUUCGUCAAACCGCAUCUUUUACUUUUGGACGAACCGACUAAUCACUUGGAUUUGGAUGCCUGUGUGUGGCUCGAGGAAGAGUUGAGGGAGUACAAGCGCAUUCUUGUGCUCAUCUCUCAUUCACAAGAUUUUCUCAAUGGUGUCUGCACAAACAUCAUACACAUGACCCAGAAGCGCCUCAAAUACUACACUGGUAAUUAUGAAGCAUUCGUACGCACACGCAUGGAACUGUUGGAGAAUCAGAUGAAGCAAUACAAUUGGGAACAGGAUCAAAUCUCGCAUAUGAAAAACUACAUAGCGCGAUUCGGUCACGGUUCGGCUAAGUUGGCGCGUCAGGCACAAUCUAAAGAAAAGACGCUUGCCAAAAUGGUUGCACAAGGUCUAACCGAAAAGGUGACCGAUGAUAAAGUGUUGAAUUUUUAUUUCCCGUCUUGCGGCACCGUGCCGCCACCGGUUAUUAUGGUGCAGAAUGUCAGUUUCCGCUACAACGAAAAUACUCCAUGGAUCUACAAAAAUCUAGAAUUCGGUAUUGAUUUAGACACACGAUUGGCUUUGGUCGGACCCAAUGGCGCGGGCAAAUCCACACUGCUUAAACUAUUGUACGGCGAUUUGGUGCCCACCUCGGGUAUGAUUCGCAAAAAUUCGCAUUUGCGCAUUGCCCGCUAUCAUCAGCAUUUGCAUGAAUUGCUCGAUUUGGAUGUUAGCCCUUUGGAGUAUAUGAUGCGCGAAUUCCCCGCUGUCAAGGAGAGAGAAGAGAUGCGUAAGAUCAUUGGUCGAUAUGGUUUGACUGGCCGCCAGCAAGUAUGCCCGAUAAGACAACUGUCCGAUGGUCAACGUUGCCGUGUAGUGUUUGCCUGGUUGGCUUGGCAAGUGCCGCAUCUUCUAUUACUUGAUGAACCUACCAAUCACUUGGAUAUGGAAACCAUCGACGCGUUGGCUGAUGCCAUUAAUGAUUUUGAUGGCGGUAUGGUAUUGGUUAGUCACGAUUUCCGACUGAUCAAUCAGGUUGCCGAGGAAAUUUGGGUCUGCGAAAAUGAAACUGUUACGAAAUGGAAGGGCAACAUUUUGGACUACAAGGAUCAUUUGAAAAAUAAAAUUACCAAUGAAAAUGAACGGAAGAAGAAAUAAAUCAAGCAAGCACAUAAUUACAUAUAAAAGCAAAUAUAAUCAACCAAUUUUAAUUUGCUAGCCAAGCGAAUUUUUAUUUAUUUAAACUUUAUGAAACCAAUGAACAUAUGCUUAAAUGAUUGUAACUAAAGCGCGAAAGCAAAACUCUAUAUUCGUAACAUCAAAUUGUCUUAAGAAAGAAA